AUGACCUCAACCACCAUCUCCAGUCUGCCAGCCGAGCUGCUGGCUGAGAUAUUCGCGCAUUCCUUGCCAGAACUACACUCGAGUCCCAGAAUACACAACUCUCCGCUGCUCUUGACACGUGUCAGUCGGCUCUGGCACGAUGUUGCACUUGCCACUCCAGUGCUGUGGGCGACCUUCUCGACCACGUUUGCGUCCAGCAAGAACAUUUUACCGCUCGAAAUCGUAGAACGGUGGCUGUCGCGAUCGCAAAAUCUCCCGCUGUCGAUCUACGUUGACGAUUCUAUCGACUACGAGUCCACCGACCCGGACCCACACCUCUGGGCAUUCUAUGAGCAGUUGUGUCGCCAUGCGCAGCGAUGGCAGGAUGUGACCCUCAACAUCCCUUUUACCCUUCUUUGGCGUCUUCCUAUUCAACAGCCUUUGGAAAUGCUGGAGCGCCUCAAAAUGGGGCGCGAUGAGGAGGGUCAGUCAGUCUCCGACCGCCAAAUCACCGCUUUCAUGACAGCUCCUCGACUGCGCGUUGCGGAUAUCGUUCUGGAUGUAGACGAGGUAAUGACUGCCCAGGGACUCGCGCUCCCGUGGGCCCAGUUGUCUGUCUUCCGUGGCCGGCUGUUCAACUGGAACGAGUGUCUAUACGUUUUGGCGCAGGCCACGUGUCUUGCGGAAUGCGAAUUCAAUGAUGUUGUUGGCGGGUAUGUCCCAGGCGACGGGGUAGUCGCCCCGUCACUCCAAGUACUUCGGUUAGACGCGUCUGGGCUGCACAAGUGCACGCGUUUAAUGUCGUGGGUGACGGUCCCCAACCUCAGGAAAUUUGCCUUGGGGUCAAAGACACAAACCACCCCGGACCACAUCACGUGGCCCGUCUUCCGUCGUUUCCUCUCGCGGUCCUCAUGUGCCCUCACCCACCUCCACAUCUCCGCCAACACGUCGUUCAGCGAAUGGGACCAGCUCGUGUCGCGCCACUCUCUCUUCCCUCUACUAGAGCACCUCGAAAUAUUCUGGUUUCAUGACGACUCCAACCUCGCGCCACUAAUCCAAACUUCGGACGCCGGGGCCCCACUGCCGCGACUGCAUACGGUUGUCUUACACUCCCAGACGUCACCAAAGGACGCAUCGCUCAUGAACAUCAUCUCUCUUUUGUUUGCGCGAACGGCGGAGGACUGGCCAGCGACAAGACUGAGUCGGUUUGAGUACAAGUGGGACAUCACUUUAGACACUGAAUAUCUCGUUGCAAUCGACGAAACGGUCUGGGCUCGUGUCGCUGUGCUUCGUGACCAAGGAGUGCGCAUUUUCAUCGGUUCAAUGGAGGCGUAUCGAGCUGUUGUCUAA